AUGGCCGACACCAGUGUCACCGUCACUUCCGCAGUAGCCUCCGCAACAACAACAAACAACGCAGUUCGCACAUCUAUCAACACUGUAGCCUUGAAGCUAGAUGAGAAUAAUUUCACUACAUGGAAGCGCCAAGCCCUUGCGUUCAUCAAAUCCAAUGGUCUCAAGGAUCACCUAAACCAGAAGAAAAUUCCAUGCCGAUACGCCUCUGAAGAAGAUAGAAUUGCAGAUAAUGAAACGCAAGAAUUUCUGGAAUGGGAGCAAGACGAUCAAUUUCUGAUUUCGUGGUUCUUUGUAUCAAUUGAUCCAGCCUUUUCGAGUCAAGUAACAAACUGUGAGUAUGCGUGUGAAAUUUGGAAUAACCUAGAGGAGUAUUUUGCAAAAAGGUUGAAGUGGAAGGUGAAACAACUAAAGGCACAAAUCAAAACUGUGAAACUACAAGGAUCUACAACCAAAUACAUGUCUAGGCUCAAGAAAAUCACAAACGCUCUCUCUACCCUAGGAUCACCACUUUCCAGUGAAGAAUUUGUGGAUGCAGUUACUCAGGGACUCAACGAAGACUAUAGCACAUUUAUCAUGAUGAUCUCAGCCAGAGCUAAAAGUGUCACUGAAAGCGAAGUUGAAGCUCAACUCCUAAGCUAA